UCAUGGAGUGAGGUUGUAUAUUAUCAAAAAUUUUUUAAAAGAAAAGUGACGCCCAAGUUAAUAAUUUAAGUUUUUCGUCUAAAAAAAAAUAAAAAUUACAAAAAAAUUGUAAGAAAUUUAAGUGUUUAAUGGAUUUAAUCACGGAAUCAACUCAAGUUGGAAUCCUCAACGAGGAAACGCGUCGUCCAACAAACGUGAAUUGGCUUUACGCAUUUUUGAUUGCUGUUGCUUCUUUUGUUAUUUUGGGAGCCAUUGCGAACAAUUCUGAUGGACCAUCAGGCAUUUUUUACUCUGGACAUUUUCCUGUUGAAGACAUUCGAGGCAGCCAUUGUGGAAUUGACAGUGAUGUUUUGGACAAAUCUUACAAAAUGCACAUCGACGAUCGGAAUUGUGACGGAAAUCGAUUCAACUGCCACGAAAAUUGGAUUUGUGUUAAUUCUUGUCCAAACGGAUUUUUUGAUGUUUCAAGUUGCACUUCAGACAACUUUUGGGACUUGAAAACCCGCCUCGUUUGUCAAGACGAUAAAUUACCAGCAAAAAUCCAAAAUUGUGAAGAGAUGCAAGCAGCGGUAGAUGACAAAAAAUGUGCUCGUUGGUAUAAAGACACGUCAAAAAUUUUUGGAAAUUGUAUUUCAAGCCAUAACGAAGCCGAUGUUGAUUUCAAUAAUUUUCAAGUCAGUGCAGCUCACAAAAUUUUGAUGGUCAUUCCGAGUUUCAUGUAUGCACUAAUUUGUGCGGGAAUUGUGAGUCUUUUCCUCAUUGUCACCCUCAAAUGGUCUGCUGCCUUCGUGUUUUGGGGAUUUGUAGUAUUGAUUAUUGUUGCCUUGGUUGCUUUUAUGCUUUCAAUAAUAUGUGUUCAAAUUCCGAGUGCUUCAAAGUCGAAUGAUGGAAUGAACGAAAUUUACUUCCAACUCCUGAUUGUGGCCGUAGUUUUGGCACUUUUGAUCCUUAUCCUGUACUGCCUUCGCCGUAAAAUCCGUUGUGGCAUCGAAAUCGUCAAAGAAAGCAGUCGUUGUGUGUGCGCCUCAAUCGAAAGUAUCUUUUUCCCGGUUUUGCCGCUACUUUUACGAGCUGCAGUCUUCAUCGCCAUGAUGUACAUCCUCGUGAUGGCUUUCACAAUGCAACAUAACGAGUACCACGUACAAGGAAGAGACCCCGACUGCUUCUGCAAAAACGUAUUUUAUGACAAUUACUACAAAUGUUACCCAAAAACCUUCAACAGUGAUUGUCGUCGAAGCGAUGGCGGCAUUUGCACGCAAAAAAUUUGCCAAUUAAAGUCACAACGAGGUUCAAAUCUGUCAAAACCCAUGAUUAUGUUGACUGUGAUACUCUCCUCGUGGAUCGGUGCAUUCAUUCAAGCUGCCGCAAAAAUGAUUCUCGCACAUGUUUACGCAAAUUGGUACUGGAAUUGGAACAAAAGAUACAUCCCGGCGGGAUCCGUUGGCGUCGCAAUGACAAAAAUCGCGAAAAAUCAUCUUGGAUCGGCCGCAUUUGGGGGUUUUGUUGUUAUGAUGCUUCGUCGCAUCCGGAAAAUGUUGAAAAAGCAAAAGUGUAGUUGCUGUUCGUGCUUCGCUUGGUGUUGUUGUUGCCCCUGCAAAUCUAUUUCGUCAAUUUUCGGCUGUGUCCUUCGAUAUUUCUUGAAAGCAGCGGUUGAUUUGCUCCUUUACGUGUCGGAUAAAGCGUUUGUCGUCGUUGCAAUGACCGGAUACGGCUUCUGGGAUUCCGUGAAAAGCGUUUCUCGUGUCAUGACGAAGGACGUUCCGCUUGUUGUGGCUACCGAAUACGUUGGCGACAUCAUUUUGUUCGUUUGUAAGUUCGUAACUGCGAUUUUGACAGCUGGAACGUUCUUUAUUACGUCGCCGUUCAAGGGAAACGACGAAAUAAUCACGCUUAUCAUCUCGUUCCUCAUCUUUUCGUUCACUUUUGACUUGGUAGCGGUACUUUUGACGUCAUACAAUGUCGCGAUCGACACAUUGCUGAUCUGCACAAUUCAGGAUUUCAUGAAUAGUGGCGUGGAAAAGCCUUAUUUUCAGUCGCAGGUUUUGAAUGGACUUUUGUUUGAAAAGAAAGAAGUUGAACUUGUAUGAGAAAUUUGCCAAAAAUAUCACAACAGAAAUAUUUCUGCUCAUAAAUUAAGUUAAGUUUAAGUUAUACUCGACACUUUUCAUGUCGCGUAAAAAUCCGUACAAUUUAUUUCUUUAUAUUCAUUAAAAAUAUAAUGCUUACUUUUGAUACGAAGAACAAUUAAAUAAAAAAAAUAAAGAAAAAU